AUGACAGCGUCUCGAGUGGUCCAACUUCCCUUUUGGGUUGAGUGCUGGCUCAUUGCCAGCAGUCUGAUCUGCCUGAUCGAUGUCUCAUUUACCAUGCUCAGACCGCACAGUACUCGUGGAGGAGCUCUGGAAAACGUCUACUACCUGUGUAAGUAUAAUAUCUCAUGUGGUUUUUAAUGCACCACUUCCUUACAAAUAAAGGGGACUUUCGAUGAAUCGAAAUUUUUGACCGACUUGCCAUUUUUUUAAACGGCUAGCCAAUAGCCUGGGUCGGCUGACCAAAGUGUACAUAUUGGCCCAAUAUCCGCUCUGCCCCAAAGAGGAAGACCGGCCGCGACUUUGCUUAUAAAAAAUUAAAAUUUACCAAGAUUUUAAUUUCUUGACCUCGGUAAAUCGCAAAUGGCCUUCCUUAAAUCAUCGCCAAAUUGCAUUUUUCUUCAGGGAAUAUCUAUGCCGAUGUCGAUAUUCGUUAUGCGGAUGCUAAGGACAUCGUGACCAUGGCCACUGGCCGCCUGAUGCUGGUGGAGAUCGUGAUGGAUUGGGUUGCCGCAUGGAUGAAUCGAGUUGGAUCUCGUCAUACUCUUCUAACCGCCUUUACCUCGUCGGCGUUUGUCUUCUGGAAGACGGCUGUCUUCCUGAUGCUUUAUGUGGGAGUUCCUGAAGGCAACCCGAGUUACUUUGUAGAGGGUACCCCCAUCUGGAAGAUUGCUGUUGUCUUCUGGUUCAUGAAUGGGAUCUGGUUGGUGAUGCCGUUCGCUGUGAUGCUGACCCUUUGGAAUAAGAUCGCACUGCCCGUCAGGUCUCUGUCCGUGGACAACAUCUCCGAUCAGAGCGAUCAGAAACAACUGGUUUAA